AAAAAAAAAAUAGUAUAACUUGACCAACCCAAGCCCAGUGAAAAGCGAAUCGGGUCAAACCUGUGGGGAUUAAUUCUGAAAACCCCUUACUUGGCUUUUCUUUGGGUCAAUUGGGCAAGCGUAACUCUCAGGCGCGUGUGCUCUCCACUGGUUCAUCGAUCAUCUCAGACAUUUUCUGAGAGAUGGCAGAUCGAUUGACACGUAUUGCAAUUGUGAGUUCGGACCGUUGCAAGCCUAAGAAAUGUCGCCAAGAGUGCAAGAAGAGCUGUCCUGUCGUCAAGACAGGAAAACUUUGUAUUGAGGUGACUGUUGGUUCCAAGCUUGCUUUUAUCUCUGAGGAGUUGUGCAUCGGUUGCGGUAUUUGUGUCAAGGUAUCUUGUCUGCAUACAUGCUAUCUCUGCAUACCAAAUAACCAAACCUGGGAAACUAAAUACUUUCUGUUGUCUUUGCAGAAAUGCCCAUUUGAAGCUAUUCAGAUUAUCAAUCUUCCCAGAGACUUGGAGAAAGAUACGACCCAUCGCUAUGGGGCCAACACUUUCAAGUUGCACAGGCUGCCAGUUCCAAGGCCAGGGCAAGUCCUAGGGUUGGUUGGCACCAAUGGUAUUGGAAAAUCAACCGCUCUGAAAAUUUUGGCAGGGAAGCUCAAACCAAACUUAGGCCGUUUCACUAAUCCUCCAGACUGGCAAGAAAUCUUGACUCACUUCCGUGGGUCAGAACUUCAAAACUACUUCACCCGUAUUCUAGAAGAUAAUCUGAAGGCCAUUAUAAAGCCUCAGUAUGUGGACCACAUCCCAAAGGCUGUUCGAGGCAAUGUUGGAGAGGUCCUUGACCAGAAGGACGAGAGAGACAAGAAGGCAGAGCUCUGUGCUGAUCUGGAGCUGAACCAGGUCAUUGAUCGUGCUGUUGAGAAUUUGUCUGGUGGUGAGCUGCAGAGGUUUGCCAUCGCUGUUGUUGCCAUACAAAACGCCGAGAUUUACAUGUUUGAUGAGCCGUCUAGUUACCUUGAUGUUAAGCAAAGACUUAAAGCUGCUCAAGUUGUUCGUUCUCUCCUGAGACCUAACAGCUACGUCAUUGUGGUGGAGCAUGAUCUCAGUGUUCUUGACUACUUGUCGGAUUUCAUUUGCUGUCUGUAUGGGAAACCAGGAGCCUAUGGUGUCGUGACUCUCCCUUUCUCUGUCAGAGAAGGGAUCAACAUUUUCUUGGCUGGGUUUGUUCCAACAGAAAAUUUACGUUUCAGAGAUGAAUCGCUGACCUUCAAGGUUGCUGAGACACCACAAGAAAGUGCUGAAGAAAUACAGUCGUACGCGAGGUACAAGUACCCUACGAUGACCAAAACUCAAGGAAACUUCAGGUUGAAAGUGACGGAAGGUGAAUUCACCGACUCUCAGAUUAUUGUAAUGCUUGGGGAGAAUGGUACGGGGAAGACAACCUUUAUCCGAAUGCUGGCGGGUUUGUUGAAACCUGACGAGACAGAAGAGUCAGACAUAGAGAUACCAGAGUUCAAUGUUUCUUACAAGCCACAGAAGAUCAGCCCCAAGUUUCAGAACUCAGUUAGACACUUGCUACAUCAAAAGAUCCGGGACUCUUACAUGCAUCCUCAGUUUGUGUCCGACGUGAUGAAACCGCUUCAGAUUGAGCAGUUGAUGGAUCAAGAAGUUGUCAAUCUCUCUGGAGGAGAGUUGCAAAGGGUUGCAUUAGCUCUGUGCCUCGGAAAGCCUGCGGAUAUCUACCUGAUCGAUGAGCCGAGUGCGUAUCUGGAUUCAGAGCAACGUAUUGUGGCUUCUAAAGUCAUUAAGCGGUUCAUUCUCCACGCAAAGAAAACUGCAUUUAUAGUCGAGCAUGACUUUAUAAUGGCAACAUAUCUCGCAGAUCGAGUCAUUGUCUAUGAAGGACAACCAUCCAUUGACUGUAUUGCAAACUGUCCUCAAUCACUGCUCAGUGGAAUGAAUUUGUUUCUAUCUCAUCUGAACAUCACAUUCAGAAGAGAUCCCACCAAUUUCAGACCAAGGAUCAACAAAUUAGAGUCGACUAAAGACAGGGAGCAAAAGUCUGCUGGGUCGUACUAUUACUUGGAUGAUUAAGACGUCUAUCAUGAGGUUCUUAAUCUCUAAAAUCCAAUCUUUGUCUUAACAAUCACACAGCAUUUUAUGGAGAGCCAAUUUCUGAAAUGUUUGUUUGUGUCUCGUUGAUUUCCUUUGUGGAUUCACAGAACAUAAGAGGCAUGGUCUGGAUAAAAACAUUGUAAUGAUAUUUGAUCUAUGAGUUGGGGAUGCUCUGUGUUCCUUGCCUGUUUCUCUUCUCAAGCUUUUGAUUAUUUGUUCAUCAGUUUUGCUUCUCAGGUUUUUCAUUAACUGAGUAAUAGUAGUUCCUAAAUUUUCUUAACCUUUAUUGGCUUUUGUACUUUCUGAGUUGUUUGUUUUCUGUUGUAAUGAUAUUUACUUUGGAUUUUGCAAGGAAGGUACUCUGCCUAUUGUUCUUA